ACAAUUCAAGCUUGACGCAAAACUACCAACCAGUGAAGCUAAAGUCACUAGAGCRCAACUGCGAAUUUUGACCAAACAACAGCUUUUGURUAAACCUGACAACAUUUUGUGCUCCGACAAGAAUUAAAGACUAUUCCAGAUUGCAUUGGGUAAUCAAUUGUGUGAAAUUAUUGCAUUUGGUGAAAAGUUUGACAUUGGUAGCACUGUUUAAAAGUCAUUUGGCGGGAGAAAAGUGUGCAGUGAUUGUUUACGUUAAAUUCAUAAAAUGUAAUCUCGAGUUUUCUGUGUUUAAAGUUGUUUUAAUCAUGUCGACAUCCMAAAGCGACAUUCCAUCUAGCGAAAUGAUCGAGAAUUUGAUGAAAGACCCGGUCAAAAAAGCCCUCCUUCUUCAGUUUAUAACCCAAGAAAAAAGUGGUUUUGAGUCGUACAAACGCCGUCUGGAGCAACAAAAUAAAAAGACACCUCUCAAAAAAGUUCAACGGAGGGUUAACUGUGAGAGCCCCACAGCCCUGAUGCGCAGACGGAUGCUGGAGCAGCGCGAUCAAGGCUCAACCUCUGAUUCGUCAGAUUUAAGCGAGACGACUGAAAUUAAAGGYCCCAAAUUGCCGUUUGACGAGCUGUUAAAGGGCGUGAGGGCGUUYGUGGACGUUAAACGGGACGGAGUCGACAAGUCUGAAGGGAUCAAAGCUGUGAUGAAGUUGAUGGGGGCUACGAUUAGAGACGAGUUCACGGGGGACGUGACCCAUGUUAUUUUUAAGGAUGGUUCUUUUACAACUUUUGAAAAAGCAAGACUCAUCAAAGCCCAUUUAGUUUCCGUUUUGUGGCUCGACGCCGUGCGGAGGAACAGUGUGAGAGUCCCCGAAAAAAACUAUCCAGCGUUUGGGAGUAGAGUAAACGGGGCUAAUAUGUCAAUCAUGUGUUCGCAACUGCAAAAAGACUACGAAGAGAUCAUCAGAGACGAGAAACGGCGUACUUUGUCUUCGUUACCGCAACGAGAAUCCUCCAUUGAACCCAAACGACGUUGCACGAUGAUCCCCCAAACUCAAACCUCGAUGAGUAGUUAUGCAACCGCUCRAAAUCRACAACUCUCAGAGAGUGAUAACGAAGUCGCUUCGAUUCUGGAACCAUCGAAAUCGCCCGAAUUGACUUCAGACGAUUCCGAUUGUGGGGUAAUCGAUGGUUGUAUCAGCAAACGACCAAAGGACCAAACCGAUGUUUUGCAAAGCACUUCGUUUCUGUCGGAAUCGACCGAUUCAGUUUCGUUACUCAGCAGAAUCACCACACGAAAACAAAGAAGCAAUGUCUCCUCGGAUAUGGACAUAACUCCAAACACUGAUGAGGAACCAAAACGGACCUCUUCUAGGAAACCAAGAAAGACUAGUUUUACUCCAAGACAAGAUGCGAGUUCCACUGAUGAAGAACCAAAACGGACCUCUUCUUCGAAGAGGGCGAGUCUUCAAUCGAGCACCAUGUCCUCUUCAGGGACGAAAAGCGGUCUCGGGGACUCGAAAAGGACAUCUUCAGGGACUGAUAAGACAAAGAGUGGUCUUGGCGAUUCGACCAAGGAAAACACCAAAGGUACUACAAUGUCAUCUUUAAGACUCAGCGACAGCCAAUCUAAAGAAAGUGUCGAAAAUAGAAGAGUUUUAAGGAAUUUAGAAGAAAUGAGUAAUGCCAAUAAGAACAAGUCAGGACCAAGUUCUAGUUCUAGUUACAAGGGUACUACAAUGUCAUCUUUAAGACUCAGCGACAGCCAAUCUAAAGAAAGUGUCGAAAAUGGAAGAGUUUUAAGGAGUUUAGAAGAAAGGAGUAAUGCCAAUAAGAACAUUUCAGAACCAAGUUCUAGUUCUAGAGUAAAAAAGAAAUUCAUAGUUGAAUCAUCUGACUCCGAAUUUGAGAAAAAACGUGGUAACCCCCGAAAGGAUAGUUCACUAGAUUCGGGAGCAGAGUCGGAUGUAGAAAGUUUCCGAAGCAGUCGUCGGUCCGUAUCAGUGGUUUUAUUUAAAGAACCGGAAAUUACACCUGUCAGAACUCGAACUAGUUCCGUUUGUAGCGAAACUCGAAGCACUGGAGGAAGAACCAGACGAAGUCGUUCAGUAUCUGUGACUAAAUCAUCCACUCCGGUGAAAAAAACGCGCAAGUUGUACGAUCCUGAAAAUCCCAAUAUUUCAGCGUAUUUAUCACCACAAGAUGACAAAGAACGAGAGGAUUACAUACGAGAGAAGUCGCAGAAAACGCAGGAUUUGUUUGUUAAUCCCAACAAUCUCUCAAUUCGGAUUCCUCCUAAACCGGUGCGAAAUGUUCACACACCACGGAAGCAGCAAAGGAAGAAGAGUGAGACUCCUCCAGAUGAUGAGCAGAGGGCGCUGUUGGACUUGUUGAAUGCUAGUGAACGCAGGCGGUCACAACGUUUGAGUGUGUGUCCAAACCGGCCAAAAUAUUUCAAUUCUGAUAGUGACUCGACUAGUAGUCUUAGUAGUCUUCCUAUUACUCCGAUCAAGAGACGGAGUACUUUGGAUUUUGUGCCGAUUUCGCAAAGUCAGAAACGCCAAUUGAAGUUAGAUCCGAAGAGAAAGUCCAGUAUUGUUUGUACUAAAUUCCACUCGAAUGAAGUGGUCGAAUUUGAAAGUAUUGUCAAUAGUUUGGGGCGCUUUUUUGUUGAAGACGUCGUGACUAGUAGGACUACUCAUCUGGUAGUGGGUGAGGCUAAAAGGACGAUUAAUAUGUUGAGGGCUAUAGCGAGGGGUUGUUGGAUUUUGAAUCGUGAUUGGUUGCUGAAAUCGCACCAGCAGGGGAAGUGGUUGAAUGAGGAGGAUUACGAAUUGACUGAAUAUUCACCUUCUGUACAGGAGUGUCGGUUGCAAAGAGAAGCUUUUGGUCCUUCGUAUUCUAUGGAUAUUUUCAAGGAUUGUGGUUUUAUUUACUUGGGAAAAUCAACAAAACCUAAAACUUCAGAAUUGAAAGAGUUGAUCACUAUAUGUAAAGGGAAAAUUACAACGAUUCUCAGGAACGCGAGUAUUGUAGUUGGAGAGUAUAUUGAAGGGGACCAUUUGACUUGUGUAACGGAAGUGUGGGUCUUGGAUUCGAUCCAUUUGAAUAAGUUGAAGUCGGUUAAAAAUUAUUUGUUUAAAUCACCCGACGGAAACAGUCCGAUUUUUUGAUUUUUUAAUUUUUUAAUAUUAUUUACAUAAAAAUUUAUUUAGCCAA